AUGAUCCUCGCAGUUGUAAUAUCAUACCUCAUAUUAUUACAUGUCUCAAAAGGUGACAAUAUAAGACAUUUGAACAAUAUUAGUCCUGAUAACUGGACGUCAUGCUAUGAGUUCUUAAACAACACUAAGUUUGACCCGGUUUCAGUUGUAGAUAUAGAUUGGAAGAUAUUUUACUUCUGGCAUUAUGACUUUGAAGAAAGUUAUAACAUAAAAUUCAGUAUUCCAACGCCUUCGUUAAUAGACCGAUUUAGAGUAGAACUAAAUGAUGAGUUGAAACCUCCGGUGAACUGGACUGAUGCAGAUUUGUUUGUGGAGACUUCAAUAGAUCUCAGUGGAUUGUUUAUUAAGACUAACGUAUCUGGACUGUAUAGACUUAUACCAUCGCUUUCCUUUCAUUUAAAUGAUACGCCGUACCUGACUUUUGGGCUGAAAGUUGUGGCUCCUGGAUAUUUGGGCAUCGUGAAUUGCAAGCAUCGGUUGGCUUAUGCUCUAGCACCAGUGGACGACAUGCCACCUCCCUCUGAACUGGUUCCAGCUGCAUCGAAACUGGGAUUUUGGAGUCCAUUUGGAAGAUCAUACUUAGUGGAUGACAACUUUAUUGCAUUAGCAAUACCACCUACAGAGCAUUUAGAUAAUGCUGACGAUGAUGCUCAGGAUGAUAUAGAUAGACAAAUUAAUAACAUACAGAUCCUUUAA